AUGCUAUUUCAAAAACUGUUGCUCUUCGUAUUUCUAAUAUCUGUGUAUGGUACAUUUAGACUUGUGCUACCUCCCACGGAUUUAUACACUACGUGCUUGCAUCAAUGCAGGAAAAGACCAGAUGUAUCAGACUAUCUGGAAUAUAUAGAGUGCCACGAAAAGUGCGAGAAAUGGGUCCAGGAGAUCAAUGGACUGGGCAUCUCUGGUAGUUAUCGUUAUAAAUGA